ACGGCGAGAGCGAGCAACUACAAUAGAAGUCUAUGAUAGUUUCAAAAUGUUUUUUUUAGCGCCGAAUCCAUUAUCACUGACCACCACCACGAUAAAAGACAAUGAAUCGCGGCACGAAACAACCAAAGGGGGGAGCCGAGAAAAAGAGAGAGAAAACAAAGAUAGCACGUUUCACAACGCCAGUAUACAAACGAGAAAUCAUCGAGAAAAUGUUUAGAUCCAUUUUUGGACUAAAAUUCUUUGCAAGACCUCGGUCUUCAGGAGAUAUGGACUCUUCUUCGAAGAAGUCCAAACGAAGGAGUGAGAGACCUUCAUCUCCUGAAGACCUCAACCCUCCCACCAUCUUGAGGGAGCACGGACGACGGGGUGAGAGACCUUCGUCUAGUGGAGGCACCAACCCUUCUACCAUCAUGAAGGAGCACAGGCAAAGGGGUGAGAGCCCUUUGUCUUGUGCAGAAAACCAGCCCUCUAUCACCAGGCAGCAAGAACGAAGGAAUGUGAGCUCUUUGUUCAUCGUGGGCACCAACCCUUCUACCAUCAUGAAGGAGCACAGGCAAAAGGGUGAGAGCCCUUUGUCUUGUGCAGAAAACAAGCCCUCUACCACCAGGCAGCAAAUACGAAGGGGUGAGAGCCCUUCCUCUUCAUCCUCUGAAGACGACCAGUCUUCUUCCACCAGGCAGCGAGUACGAAGGUUUGAGAGCCCUUCCUCUUCAUCCUCUGAAGACGACCAGCCUUCUACUCCAAGGCGGAAGCAAGCAUGGAGAGGUGAGAGCCCUCCGUCUUCAUCUUCUGAAGACGACCAGCCUUCUUCCACCAGGCAGCGAGUACGAAGGUUUGAGAGCCCUUCCUCUUCAUCCUCUGAAGACGACCAGCCUUCUACUCCAAGGCGGAAGCAAGCAUGGAGAGGUGAGAGCCCUCCGUCUUCAUCUUCUGAAGACGACCAGCCUUCUUCCACCAGGCAGCGAGUACGAAGGUUUGAGAGCCCUUCCUCUUCAUCCUCUGAAGACGACCAGCCUUCUACUCCAAGGCGGAAGCAAGCAUGGAGAGGUGAGAGCCCUCCGUCUUCAUCUUCUGAAGACGACCAGCCUUCUUCCACCAGGCAGCGAGUACGAAGGUUUGAGAGCCCUUCCUCUUCAUCCUCUGAAGACGACCAGCCUUCUACUCCAAGGCGGAAGCAAGCAUGGAGAGGUGAGAGCCCUCCGUCUUCAUCUUCUGAAGACGACCAGCCUUUUUCCACCAGGCAGCGAGUACGAAGGUUUGAGAGCCCUUCCUCUUCAUCCUCUGAAGACGACCAGCCUUCUACUCCAAGGCGGCAGCAAGAAAAAAGGGCUGAGAGCCCUUUGUCUUCAUUUUCUGAAGACGACGAGCCUUCUACCACAAGGAGGCAGCAACAACGAAGUAAUUUGUACUACUUUGUAGACUUCAACCUUUCUACCACCUUUAGGCAGGAUGGAGGAAUUGGUGAGAACCAUCUGCCCUGCGUUGACAUUGACCACCCUAGCAUCUGGUGGGAGCGUGUACGAAGGGUCAACCCUUCAAACACCUUGAGGCAGGACGGAAGUGGUGACAGCCCUUCCUCUACAUUUUCAUCUUCUGAAGACGACGAGCCUUCUACCACAUGGAGUCAGCAAGAAAGAAGGGCAAAUAGCCUGAGUGCGAGAAAGGAGAGGGAGAAGAUAAAGAAGGAGAGGAAAACGUUUGGUCUGCUUUCAAGAAUAUACAUUUGGUGGCUCGAAUGGAAGAUAGACCGCUGUGCCAGGGAAAUCCAAUCAACCUGUGAGGAUGCGUGCUACCUCCAGGUUCAUGGUCACUUCAGAAAUCCAGAGAUAAUGGCCAAGAUCCAAAAAGAGCUGCUUGACCGAAGGAAUGAGCUGGCCGUUUCAUAUCACAGACAAGUAAUUAAAUUGGAGAUGGAAGUGAGGAAGCAAAGACUGAAGGUAGAGAGGAAAAAAUAGAUAUGAAGAAGAUGGAGAAUAUCUCUGAGUUAUGCCACAACUCAGAAAGCCCAGAUAUGUUAAAUCUUGACUACGGGCCAAUGCCAGUCAGGUCACGCAAACUCGGACUUGCUAACAUAUAUCAUUUAAGAGAAUAGGAGAGAAAUCAGAAAAAUGGCACCAAAUAGAGAGAGGUAAUUGAGGGAAACGGCAAACAUUUCAGAUUUGACAAAACUGAAGUAAAGAAAAGUAAAAUAUUCUUUUACAACAUUAGCAACCA